CGGGGUACACUUCAAAAAAGCAGUUUGGUCAGAUGUAAUCAGCAGUGAACUCAGAAUCAACUGAGUGACAUUGAGUCAGUAAAUCUCUGACUGCCUCAGUUACCCCAUAUGAUAGUUUUGAGGAUGGGAACAUUGAGAGAGUUGAUUUGGAAGGAUAUCAAGAGUGAAAAUUCUAACAUUUUAGUUCCUUUAAGUUAAAUCCAGGCACUAUCUUUCCUGCAAGUCUCCUGUUCCUUUCAGAUUGCACAGGUGAGAGUGCUCAGAUUAGGGCUGGAGGUUGUAAACUAUCGCUCCCACACCGACGGUGCCCCCGUGUCGUGCAUGUAUUCUGUGCAUUUUCCUGUGCUAAACACUCUCCCAAAACAUCGUGGGGCCUGAUUCUUCCUCUUUGUUCCAGUGGCCCUGGGUGACUCAAGUGCCCAUUCAAUGACCAGGACACAGAAGUUUUAGAGAGAUGCUCCAUGAGGCCCCAGGACCCAGGAGCCCUACCCCCUGUCCUUCCCUCAUCAGCCGUACAUGAUGAUUUACUGCUGUUACCAUCAUCACUGCCCUUAGUGGCCAAGGGCCUUCCAAGGUGCCAGCUCUGCAACGAAAGAUGCCCUUGGGAGAUGAUGACACUCAGAGUGACCUUGAGGAAUCCUGGGAGCUCAGGAAGGAAGGAGUGCCCAGAAGCAGGGACAGGGAGCUGGCUGGGGAGGACCAGAAAUCAGGUUAUCAAUUCUCUGCCUGAUGAUUUUCAUCCUGGGACUGACUUUUGUGGAAUUCCUUGGAUAGUUAUCAUUAUUGUGUUUCUGGGAAUUUCUACACUUGCCAUUUUCCUCUGGAAAACUAGCCUUUGUGUGUCUUUCCUCAAGACUGUCUUAAAGUCACAAAAUGUACAUGACGGAUCCAAGGAUGUACAGCGGAAAGCCUGGAGGUCCAAUAGCCGUAGCCGGGAAGGAAUUAAAUUUGGCCGGGAAGACCUCUUUACUUCAUGGAGACAUAUGGAAGCCAAAGUUCGAGCUGAAGUCCGUAAGGUGACAGGGAAGGUCAACAGUCAUUACAAAAUCAAUGGACAGAGGAAGACUGCCGAGGAAGAGAAACAAAACAUGAAAGAAUGUGAGCAAGCAGAAAAUGAGAGGCAGCUAUCAGAGGCAGAGGAGAAUGGGAAAUUGGAUAUGAAAGAAAUACACACCCAACUGCAACCGUUUCAACGCACGCAAGAGUUGCAGCGGCGGGCAGAGGACUACUACAGAGGCAAAAUCGCCCCUUCUGCAAGAAGGCCUCUUGCCAACUCAGGAAGUUUGUUUGUUUUCCUUGCUUUUGGACAUAGUCUGCCAGGUCAGGACAUGGAUGUAUUUUUCUCCCCACACCUCUGUGCUCAAGCCUUGCAAAGGUGGAUGGCAGAGAGGAAGGCUGCCUACAAGCGGCACAGGUGUGAAAUGAGGCAAAAGCAGAGAGUGCCAGAGAGACACAUGAGUCAGGAGCCAGUCCAGGGACGACCGGGCCUAGAGAACCCUUUCUGGAGGGCAGAUUCAGGACCUCAUUGGGUUCCCAUGAGGAACAGCAGCGGCGUCCCAGCUGAAAACACAGAGAAGACAAAGGUAAAUGCUGGGGACGUUUUCACUCUUCCUAUAUCAGGACGCUUUGGUCUUUUCCGACAAUGCCCUCUCCUGGCCUGGCCUCUGCUCUGUAGGUUCUGUGGUGCCUUUUCUGUCUCGACUUCUUGAGAAGCAAAAUCUUCUCCAUGAGCUUUCAGGCUUCUCCGUUCCCAGCUGAUCAUCGUUGGUGGCACCUCCAGAAUCCAUAAAAGCUCAGGGACCGAGGGCUGAAGGGCUUUUACUGUUCUGUUUCCAGAAAUAACACGAGGAGGCACCACUGACCUCCAGUACUGUAGGUCUCAUGGCGCGGUGAACUCUGACUGAUCCACCUUACCCAAGAUGUUGUGGGGUCUCAUUUCCGAAAUAUGUGGGAUUUUCUUUUGCUGUGAUUUUGUUUGCAUUCUGCCAUAAUGUAGGUGAUUAACGUUUGAAAUAUCUGCUGUAUUCCCAGAAGUGAAAAUAGUGAAAACGCAUUAAUCUAACAUUAAUUUGUGCUUUGUGCAAUUUUGAAUGCUCUUUGACAAGGCCAAUUCCAUAGUUCGUCACAGUCCCAUCCCUGUUGGUAACCAUGUUGUGCAAAAACACCUUCAUACCCACCCAGUGGGGCCCCUGAUCUAAUAUUCUAAGUGUCAGAGGUUCCAUAUUUGUAAUAGCAAAUAGGCCCUGACUGUAAAUUAGUGAAGAGUGAAUGUAACUUAUUACCUACAGGGACAAUUCCAAAUGAAGGCCUUAAAUGAUGCUCAGCUAAGCUGAUUCUUGUGUGGCCUCUGUACCUUCAAAAGCUGCCGAGUCCUAUGAUUACACAUGAUGGGACUUGUACACUUGAAGUGAAACACAGUUUUAAAACUUGCUUUCUUUAGAAUUCCCACCUCAUUUUUCCAUGGGGUAUUCUUUAUGUCGUAGUGCACUUACAAUUUGGUAUUACCUGGGAGUGAAAAGAAAUAUUACAGCCAUGUCUAACUGACUUCUUGAGAUAAGAUUGUUCUGUCAGAAAUCCCUCUCCCAGUUCCCCUGAAGCUCUUCAGGAAUCCACAUCUCUCCAGAGCUCUUUGUUCUCAUGGGUGGCACCUCCAGAGUGAAGAAGAUCCUUUGUCCAGAAGGGAAACAGAGGGGAAAUGAGAGGGUCCCGCAGGCAGAGCUGGAAUCAACUUCCACUCUGCCUCUUGCAAGCUGUGUGACCCUGGGCACAAUUUCUCCUUCCUCUGGAAACCUCUGUUUUCUUCGAUUUGGAGCAGGGUGGUCACACUGACCUUGCAGAGUUCUGAGAAUCAGAGACAGAACAUAAAAGGCCUGGAAAACAUUCUCCAAAAAGAAGCUGCAACAUGUGUGGACAAUGGGCUUUUCAUGCCUCUCUUACUCUCUGUUGACCUGGUGCAAGAAACGUGCUCUGGUGCUGGCUGUGAGGGAGGAAAGAGGAUAGACAUAGACACUCCUGUGUCUCAAACAUGCUUCUUUAUUACCCUGUUAUUACUCUGUCUUCCCUGGGGCAGGACCCCAGCCUGCCUCCAUUUGCAAACAGACACAGUGGCAUGUGGAGACAACAGUGUGUCCCAGUGACUUUUCUUUACUCCCCAGCUGUGGGCAGUACUCAGUGGAAGGGUGAUAUUAUGACACUGAUACUGCUAUUUUGAAACCUGGAGGAGGGAAAGGUGCAAAAAUCUAUCACCAGCAACAGAAGGUGCAGCCUGUGUUGGUGGCGGUAAUUUUGUCCAUCAAAUGAAUAUGUGUGAAAACAUUUCCUCCUUCGGCCCUACAGGUCAGGAUGGCGGCAGUGGAGCACCAUCAUUCCUCAGGGUUGCCCUACUGGCCCUACCUCAUGGCUGAAACUUUAAGAAAAAGGAUGGGCCACAAGCCAACUCCUCCACCUCAGUGUGAUCUGAGAGGUCAACCACAUCCAUCAGUUAAAGGGUGUCUGAGACUGCUGACUCUUUCUCGACUACAGUGUCUACUAGGACCUCAACCACAUUCAACAACUGAUGAUUUUCUGAGAAGAGAGACACCUCAAGACGAGUGUGCCCUGGGACCUGAACCACUUCCUCGAGCUGAUGAUUUUCUGAGACUCAAGACACCUCCCGAGUGUCUUCUGGUACCCCUUCCACCUUCUCCAGUUGAUGAUUUUCUCACACCACAGGCACCUCCCAUCGAGCGUCGCCUGGGACCUGUAGCAUUUCCUCGAGCUGAUGAUUUUAGGAGACCCAAGGAACCUCCCGAGUGCUUUUUCGCACCCCUUCCACGUUCUCCAGUUGAUGAUUCUGUGAGCCUGAAGACACCUCCCAAGUGUCUUCUGGUAUGCCUUCCACCUUCUCCAGUUGAUGAUUUUCUCACACCACAGGCACCUCCCAUCGAGCGUCGUCGCCUGGGACCUGUAGCAUUUCCUCAAGCUGAUGAUUUUAGGAGACCCAAGGAACCUCCCGACUGUUUUUUCACACCACUUCCACCUUCUGCAGUUGAUGAUUCUCUGAGCCUCAAGACACCUCCCGAGUGUCUUCUGGUACCCCUUCCACCUUCUCCAGUUGAUGAUUUUCUGAGACCACAAACACCUCCCGUCCAGUGUCACCUGAGACCUGUACCAUUUCAUCGAGCUGAUGAUAUCCGGAGACUCAAGAAACCUCCUGACUGUUUUUUUGCACCCCUUCCUCCUUCUCCAGUUGAUGAUUCUCUGAGCCUGAAGACACCUCCCGAGUGUCUUCUGGUACCCCUUCCACCUUCUCCAGUUGAUGAUUUUCUCACACCACAGGCACCUCCCAUCAAGCGUCAUCACCUGGGACCUGUAGCAUUUCCUCGAGCUGAUGAUUUUAGGAGACCCAAGGAACCUCCCAACUGUUUUUUCUUAUCACUUCCACCUUCUCCAGUUGAUGAUUCUCUGAGCCUGAAGACACCUCCCGAGUGUCUUCUGCUACCCCUUCCACCUUCUCCAGUUGAUGAUUUUCUCACAUCAGAGGAACCUCCCAUCAAGCGUUGUCGCCUGGGACCUGUAGCAUUUCCUCGAGGUGAUGAUAUCAGGAGACUCAAGAAACCUCCUGACUUUUUUUUUGCACCCCUUGCACCUUCUCCAGUUGAUGAUUCUCUGAGCCUGAAGACACCUCCCGAGUGUCUUCUGGUACCCCUUCCACCUUCUCCAGUUGAUGAUUUUCUCACACCACCAGCACCUCCCAUCAAGCGUCAUCACCUGGGACCUGUAGCAUUUCCUCAAGCUGAGGAUUUUAGGAGACCCAAGGAACCUCCCGACUGUUUUUUCUUACCCCUUCCACCUUCUCCAGUUGAUGAUUUUCUCACAUCAGAGGAACCUCCCAUCAAGCGUUGUCGCCUGGGACCUGUAGCAUUUCCUCGAGGUGAUGAUAUCAGGAGACUCAAGAAACCUCCUGACUUUUUUUUUGCACCCCUUGCACCUUCUCCAGUUGAUGAUUCUCUGAGCCUGAAGACACCUCCCGAGUGUCUUCUGGUACCCCUUCCACCUUCUCCAGUUGAUGAUUUUCUCACACCACCAGCACCUCCCAUCAAGCGUCAUCACCUGGGACCUGUAGCAUUUCCUCGAGCUGAGGAUUUUAGGAGACCCAAGGAACCUCCCGACUGUUUUUUCUUACCCCUUCCACCUUCUCCAGUUGAUGAUUUUCUCACAUCAGAGGAACCUCCCAUCAAGCGUUGUCGCCUGGGACCUGUAGCAUUUCCUCGAGCUGAUGAUAUCAGGAGACUCAAGAAACCUCCUGACUGUUUUUUCGCACCCCUUCCACCUUCUCCAGUUGAUGAUUCUCUGAGCCUGAAGCCACCUCACGAGUGUCUUCUGGUACCCCUUCCACCUUCUCCAGUUGAUGAUUUUCUCACACCACCGGCACCUCCCAUCAAGCGUCGUCACCUGGGACCUGUAGCAUUUCCUCAAGCUGAUGAUUUUAGGAGACCCAAGGAACCUCCUGACUGUUUUUUCUUACCCCUUCCACCUUCUCCAGUUGACGAUUUUCUCACAUCACAGGAACCUCCCAUCAAGCGUUGUCGCCUGGGACCUGUAGCAUUUCCUCGAGCUGAUGAUAUCAGGAGACUCAAGAAACCUCCUGACUGUUUUUCUGCACCCCUUCCACCUUCUCCAGUUGAUGAUUCUCUGAGCCUGAAGAAACCUCCCAAGUGUCUUGUGGUACCUCUUCCACCUUCUGCAGUUGAUGAUUUUCUCACACCAAAAACACCUCAACUACAGUGUCACCUGAGACCUGUACCAUUUCAUCGAGCUGAUGAUAUUAGGAGACUCAAGAAACCUCCUGACUGUUUUUUUGCACCCCUUCCACCUUCUCCAGUUGAUGAUUCUCUGAGCCUGAAGACACCUCCCGAGUGUCUUCUGGUACCCCUUCCACCUUCUCCAGUUGAUGAUUUUCUCACACCACAGGCACCUCCCAUCGAGCGUCGCCUGGGACCUGUAGCAUUUCCUCGAGCUGAUGAUUUUAGGAGACCCAAGGAACCUCCCGAGUGUUUUUUCGCACCCCUUCCACCUUCUGCAGUUGAUGAUUCUCUGAGCCUGAAGACACCUCCCGAGUGUCUUCUGGUACCCCUUCCACCUUCUCCAGUUGAUGAUUUUCUCACACCACAGGCACCUCCCAUCGAGCGUCGCCUGGGACCUGUAGCAUUUCCUCGAGCUGAUGAUUUUAGGAGACCCAAGGAACCUCCCGAGUGUUUUUUUGCACCCCUUCCACCUUCUGCAGUUGAUGAUUCUGUGAGCCUGAAGACACCUCCCGAGUGUCUUCUGGUACCUGUUCCACCUUCUCCAGUUGAUGAUUCUCUGAGUCCACAAACACCUCCCGUCCAGUGUCACCUGAGACCUGUACCAUUUCAUCAAGCUGAUGAUAUCAGGAGACUCAAGAAACCUCCUGACUGUUUUGACCGUUUUUUGUUUUGUUUGCUUUUGUGUUUGUUUUUUGUUUUAUUUUUAUUGUGUUGGAGGAAGGCGUCUGUUAUGUUGUUGAUUCUAUUUAUUCAUCAUUUUUGCAACACAUAAAUUCAUUUAAGUAUUGAUUGUGCACCUAUCAUAUGAUAAGCAUUUUUUCAUCACUCCCCCUCUUCCAGAACCCUAAGCUUUUCUCACUGUUAGAACUGCUAGUUUAUUUGUAUUUCAGUCACUUUGACUAUAAACUCCUUGAGUGUAGGUGCUUAGAUUUUUUUCACUGCUUAGCCCCCAAUGCCUGUAUAGAGUAAGCUCUUUUUUUUUUUUUUUUUUUGUACCAAAUGCCCAAUGGCCAAUUUAUUCUGUUUCAAUAACAACUAGGCAUCAUUUUCAAAGGGCCAUAUACUGACAACAGACUGCCCAGAAAUUAUCUCCCUAUGUAGGAAAACUACAGAAGACAAGUUCUUAGACUUUUAAUGCCCAUUACAGUAGCCAUUAAUGACAGGUGACUACCGAGCCUUGAAAUGCGAUAGUCCAAAUUUAGAUGUGCUAUAAGCUUAAAUUAUACACCACAUGUCAAAGCCAUAAGACCAAAAACUGUAAAAGAGUCUAGUAAUUUUAUAUUUAUUAUAUAUUGAAAUGAUAUUUGGUAUUUUAGAUAUAUUGAGUUAAAUAAAAGUUAAAUUCA